UCGACUGAGAGUAUUCCAUUUGGCUAGCGGCAUUGAUAUGGACGGCUUGUAUCGCAGGCAGACCCAUCUCGCCAGAGGUGGGCAGAUGGCAAGGAUACUUGCAGAACUGAUGUUGCUGCUGCUGACAAUGGUGCCGCAAGCCGCGGGAUCGACACCUGAAGUGGGCACUGGCCUUUACGAGGUGCGCCACCUGGUGGCGCAGCCCGACUUCCGCGAAGUGCGCCUGCGCUGGGAGACUGACGGCGGAGCUCCAGAGUCGCUCGGCUUCCUCGUGCACUACUGCGAGCUGCAGCCGUGGGGCGCACACCGGUGUAAGGUCAAGGCGGUGGACGGCGGCGGCGGCCGGGAGGCGCGGCUCUUCUCCUCGGUGGUGACCGGCCUCCGCAUGGACACCAACUACACGUUCGAGGUGCGGCCCGCCGCUCCGCAGGGGGCCGCCGCCAAGGCGCGCGGCCAGACCAUCGCCGUCGCCACCAGAGGCUUCUCGGCGCGCGCGACGCUGUGCCUGCCCGAGGCGAGCGAGGUGGAGGUGGUGACGGGCCCGCACUUCGGCGGCCGCGUCGCGGCGGAGGGCGCCGCCGGGACUCGCUGCUCGCUGGACGGCGACGCCCGCAGCGCGCGCGCCGUCUACGUGCUGCGCGUGGACCACGCGGCGUGCGGCGGCGCGCGCAACGCCACCGCCGUCACCACCUACGUCACCGUGCAGGAGAGCGCCGCCAUUCUGACGCACUCGACGCGCCGCUUCCUCGUCAUCUGCUCCUUCCAGCCGGACACGCUCACCGUCAGGGCCGGGAUACGGCUACCAGUGCGAGAUAACGAGGUGGACAACGAGGUGGAGGCGUCUGGAGCCGCUGGAGACGGCGUGGCCGACGAGGGCGCCGAGGUGGCCCGCGUGCGCUCCGCCAUCUUGCCGUACGCGGACGCAGACGUCGACGCCGCGCUGGACGCGGGGAGUGGCGUGCGCGCCGCGAGGCUGCUGCACCACCGGCACGUCGUUGACGACCUGGACAUCGACGCCAGGGCUUCUGGACACUCCAACUGGCAGCUGACUCUGAUGCUGGUGCUCACCUCUGCUGGGCUGGUGGGCUGCGCUCUGUCAGCCUGGUGGUUCUCCCCGUCGAACUGCCGCCGUCCACCUGAACUGGCUGAUGACGGUUCAUCGCUGUCAGCGUACGAGAACUUGACCAACUCUCUGCGAGACACGGCGUCUGUGAGCAGCGCCUCCACCGGCUCUGGCGGGCGCUGCGCGGCCUCGGAAUGCGACGCGGACGGCGUCAUCACCAUCCGGCUGGGUGCCGACCCAGACCAGCCGCACGCCGACGCCGCCUCCAUUGCUUCCGCUGGCUGCCACUGUGUCCACGGCGGCGCCACUGCCGCGGCCGCUUCCGCUCCGCCUCACGAGCCCUGUAUUACUCUGGAGGACGCUUCCCAGUCCGAAGCCUGAUGCAAUCCGCUGCAGCAGACAUGUAUUUCCCAACGGGGAACCACCUUCCGCACCGAGUAUUGGAGUAGGGGCAAAAUAAUUCCGGCUAAUCGCAGCGAAAACCCUAAACGAACCAAAUCAAAAUAAACUCCACCAUCACAUUUUAUCUGUUCGGUGACACUUUACGAGGAGCAAAUGCAAGGAUCUCUACCUAAACAAGAUGUUCAGCGCCAGACACCCAAGCCUUCCGGCCAACCACGACGUUUUUCUUUUUGCCUCCUGACUACAACCUUGGGGCCACGAGUGUAACCAGAAUGCAAGACACAAUUCUUUACGAUUCUGUCUUCACAUGCACUUACUGCACCAGAUAUUCCAGAUUUCUGGUGUACCAUAAAAUUAACUGUUUCGAAACCAGUGCAAGAAACGGUCACAAAUUGCAGUACGUUACAAGUAAAACUCCAUUUGCAGGCAGCACGUCAGUUUUUUUUAUUUUAUUUAUUCACUCGCACGCAUUUCGCCCUUUCUUAACAAGGCAUUCCUAGUGUGUGUGCCCUGGAAUAUUAUGUUGCCUUUUCGUUGUCGCAUAUCGGUUAUAGCUUGAAAAACACUUAACGAAAGGUUUUAUGUAGUAAAUUGAAAAGGUAUUGACAGUAAAGCGUCUGAUUUCUUAACUGAAAACCAUACAGCUUUCCAUCUUGUGAAAAAACGUUUGAAAGCUUCUACGUUUUCGUGCAAUCCCUGUGUUUUCCUAAUACAACAUUUUAACUGUCAUUUUCGGUGUCCAGCGUCUCAUUUGCUUUUAUGCAAGCUGCCAGCUUCCUCUUUUUUGAUUGUAUGUGUGUUGAUCUAAGUUGGAAACAUCUAACCCUUACAAGGAAGUCGCAUUGUAUACAUCGAAAAUGUCUGUUGAAGUCUCAUAUUACGAAACCAUAGUGACUACACGAAAAAUGGAGGCUUUCAACCGUUUUACACAUGAAGGACAGAUGCACGGUUCCCAAAGAAGAAAUUAGUCGCUUUACUGUAAGUGUCCUUCCAUUUUACCAUAUAAACCUUCCAUUAACCGUUUUUUAAAUCUAUGACCAAAACGGAACAACAGAAACAUCAUGUAAUAUUGCAGGACACCCACUAAAGACGCCUUGUUAAAAAAAAAAGUGAAACGCGUCUAGGCGCAUGAAUUAAAUAAAAAAUUCAAAAAAUUUAUAUGCAGCGUGCAAAAGACUUUUUUCUUGUAAAGUACUGCAAUUUACAUACAGCUUCUGCGAAGUGCAAGGUUAUACAAAGUGAUAUACACUCUUUCAAAUGAUUGUAAAAAGCUUUAUAUUGAGCCAAGAUAUUACACGAUUGUUCAGGAAGUUUUUCAUAUCAUAUCCACAAAUAUUCAAUCUGUGAACCGCUAGCCAUACGGCACACGCUCAGUCUAUAGUGCAAUUCGACUCAUACUCGCCCCAAAGUGUCCGAAUCAGUGUCAGUCACAGCUGCCCUGAUACAUCCUACAUCCACAUUGUUCGGCUGUGGAGAUGUGAAAAUAGUUUCUCUGUUGUAAUCGCACUUGGAAGAAUGACACGGUGUCAGAUCGCAAGAACGCGGGGGGGCCAUGCAAGCAACUGGAAAUGCAAGAUCAUGCACGACCAUCGUCGUGGUUGCUCAGUAUCCGACAACCCGUGUAUAUAGUUCUGGGCGUGCGGUGAAGUAACAUCUUAUUGAAAAAUUAAAGCAUAAUUGUCCUCCUGUAAUUGCGGCAUGAACCACGCAAAAUCCUUCUUUAGUCCGGCAGCCAUGUUACCGGAGAUCGCCGUAACAAAAAAAGUCUCAGGUUCUUUUACCAUACAUAUAAUCAUUUAAUUCCUUACAUAAAUACAAACAUUUUUUACAAUCACUUGAAGUGUCUAGAUCAUUUUGACUAACUCUUUAUCGCCACCACAAGAAACUUGAAACGAUCACUGAUAGCCUGAUAAAAAAAAAUCGAUUCUUCUUUAUUUUCACUUAACUUUCACCCUUUCAUUCCGUAGUUGUGCAAAGCAGCGUCAUGAGAUGCCGCAAAAGUCGACAAAUUUGAUACUUUAUUAAUUGAAACUUUAAAAGUAUGUAUUACUCAUAAAGUGAAGUGUCCCAAAUAGUGCAGAUGCGCGUUGACCGAACUUGAUAUCCUUUGCUUAGACACACCACUGAUAAUAAAAAUUACAAAUGAACUACAAAAGUCCUCUUUAGGAGUAUACUGAUAUUAAGAUGAGCUAAUGCACGUAUUUCUCAGUCCAAAACAAAGUAAAUUUUUUUGUCUUUUUUAAACAGGCCUACUUCAUACCUGAAUGUUGCCAUUCAGUAUCCAGAAAACAAGCACUGCAAAUAUGACAACGUAUUUCUCUCAAUAGGACAUAAAAUUGUCAGUUUGCUGCAGGUUAUACGCAGUAAAGAUACGGAACACACCAAGUAUUUCACUUACCUUUUGCUGGAACAAGACCACAAGAAAAGUUGAAAAUACUUGGUCUAUAUGAAGAAUGAAUAAUCGUGGUUGUAGAAGAAUCGUCCAGUUAAAUGUUGCAGUACUGUGUUGAUCUGAUAGAGCCCUGAUUCAAACAGUUUUACAGUCAGUGAAAUAACAUUUAUUGACUUUUUUUCUUUUUUUUAUUCGUCUUGGAUUUGCUGAAUCACACUGCCAAGUGCUUGAUAGAAAUAUACAGAGAAAUCAUCAUAUAAAUUAUUUAAACAAUGAUUUAAAUUAUUUUAAAAUGUCGUAAUAGAUUCAACACUUAUAGCCAAGGAAUCUUGAUACAUUAACUAUAGCCAACAAAGAAUCCAAUAAAGAAAACUAACCAGAAAUUGAGAAGCAUAUAAUUGGAGAUUAGAGUGAUAUGAAAACACAAAGAGCAGCAAAUUUAAUAAAAACUCGUCACUAUUUCGUAUAAAAUAAAAAAGUGUAUUUAUAUAUCUGAGGAUCUGCAAGAUACAAUAAAACUGCAGCACUUGUUCGAAGUUUCGCCAACUUUUGCAGUGAGCGGUUUUGUUGGGCUCGGGCGGAACUGGAGGAAAACAGCAAAUGGUUUACAGAUCGUUCUUCUUUCUUCUGGCAGUCGCAUAAAGAGUUAUACUUUAUGCCUGAUCUUCGACCAUAGAUACUAGUAGACUGGCCUUGCUGUGCAGAAGCUAUACGGCUGGUGUGGCUCCAACAUAAACCACGUGACUGUUGGCAAAACGUGGCGGGAUUUCAAAUCAGCGGUCUGCCAUCCUAUGUUUGUAUCGGAUUUUCCUCACAUUUCUCAAUUGACUGCCAAACGCUUCCAACAAAAACUACUUUCUUAUUUGUGAAAAAUUAUGCCAGAACUACAUUUGACCUGGAUUUGUUCAAAGUACCAUUUAUAAAAUCUAACAAAUACAUCGAACGCCACUCUGGUGGGCAGUGGGACGAAAUUACUAUAAACUAUCAAUUAUAGUAAAAUGUCGUUAAAAUUCUUUUAAACAGUAAGAGUGGGCUCGUGUCAAAACUUUAAACAUUGUAUUCGCCACGUUUCGAGCUUUAGUCACUUAUAAAAGAA